AUGGCGAUAGGGAAAGGAGGAAAGGGGAUCAAGCUUGAAGAUACUGGAUACUUAUCAGACGAGUCCGACUUUUAUGAAUCAGGAGACGAGGCUGUCAAGCAAGAAUACGGAGUCCGGGCUCAGUCUUUCGACCCUGCUGAAUACUGGAAACACAAAAUCCCUUCUCUCACAGAGAUCGCCAACGCAAAUCUGGAGAAUGCCACAGUUACCAAGGCUGCCACGCUUUACAAUCCCUACGAGGGUGCCUUCUCGGGAAGGCAGCUUGGGGAAACUGUGGAUGAGUUCCUGGAGAGGCUUCCGCCUGCUACGACUCCGAUCACUGAUAUCGUCCACUGGAUUUACAUCGCAAAUCCGUAUCGAAAAGCUCCAAAGCGGGACGAACAUGAGCAGAACGAAAGUGACGAGGCACCACCGGACGAAGAGAGUGACUGGGCUCGGUUUGUUGUGCUUGGGGGAAACCUUCUUGAGGAGUUGACUACCAUACGACACACUAUUGAGAAACAGAAGGCAGGGAAAGCAAAAGCGAUCAUCACAAGAGCCGUCAACCCCGAGAAAGAGAAGAUUGUCAAGAAGUUGUUGGAUACGGCUGUGGAGUUGCAUUGUACUUCCGGCAAGUGGAUGAUAUUCUGUCAAGCCAGUGAAGUGAAUGCUGUCUGGGCUGUCGUUGCUCGAGCCACUGCCAACAAUGAGCUUGGCAUCGCCGCGAAAGUUUCUCCUGACGACGGAGAUGAUAGGCAAUCUCGAGUGAUCUGUAUCUACACAAGAGACUUCACGGAUAUGAAGGAUGUUUCCCGCACGGUCCAUAAAUUGAAAGACCUUGGCGUUGUUGACUCCCGAGGUAAACCGAUCUAUUACAAGUGCGAUGCGUACACAUACUUGAGACUUGGAUCGGGCAACGAGUACAACAUCAAAGCUUCGCUGUACAGCUCGAAUGAGAUCCUUAAAUUGCAGCCCGGACAAGCACAAGAUGGUAAAGUAUCCGGAUUCUUCAACAAACCGAAGAACGACUCAGGCGAUUGGCGUCAGAUGAGGUGGGAAUAG